AUGGCAACCGCAAACCCACAACAGCGACAAAUUACGUUUUUUCACAAGUUCAGCACCGAAGUUAGACCAUCUGAUAUGGUACAACGAGAUGAUCGAAUUCGUUUGAUGGUAUGCUCAUUUGAAGAGAUUGCUGAGUCAGAGGAGGAGGAUAUCCAGCUCCCAGAGCGAACUUCACCCGAUGGGCGAUCACCCUUUGCUAUCGCUUUUGAAUCGCCUUUUGCCGAACGGCGCCGAACCUCCCCUCGGAACCUUAGCCCAAAUUUCGCAAGGAAAUUCGCCGUACCGCAAAUAUGUCGUAAUUUUUCGGAUCCUUGCCUACGUCAUCGACAAACAUCAACUGUGUUUGGUUCUCUGAGUCCUGAUAGACAUGACGCUGGAUCUGAUUUUCUCACCCUUCCAGCGAUCCCUGAGACAGCCUCAUCGUAAUCCGAUGUGUUAUUGCAAGGAAAUCCCCUUGCCGGAAUCAGUCUAAUUCACGCGAUGUACAGUGUACAUAGGUACCAAUACUUCUCUCACAAUGAAUUAUUCACUUGAAAAGAUUCUGAACUACUUCUGUAAAUAGGAAAGGUCGACCGCCUUUGACUAAUUUAUCAUAGAACUUUUCUGCCUUAUCCGUAAUGCUACA